CAUACAUGUUUAUUGUGUUACAUUUGUUUUACACUGUCAGGCCCCCUACUACUGAACCUAUUCCAACACCUCCCAUUCCUGAAACAAUUCCUGAAGAAGAUGAAACAGACGAUGAUGAAGAGGUACCAAUUGGUGUGCUGAGGGCCAGGGCAAGGAAAAGUGCCCAAGCCACCCGCCCCAGUAAGAGAAUGAAAAUUUCAACUUCCAAGGCUGCCACAACUUCCAAGGCUGCCAAGGGCAAGUCCCCACUUGAAGCAGAUACCACAAAGCCUGGGAAGAGGAAAGCACCAGAGCAGGCCCUGAAAAUCAGAAUUGGCAAGGGUUCACCUCCCAAACAAAAGAAGGCUGCUAAGUCCAGUGAUUCACCUCCUGAUGUCAAGCCCCCACCAAAAAAGGCAAAAAAACCUACUGAGCCUUGUGUGAAGGUCAGGCAUAGUACUACACCAUUCCAAGCCUUCAUCGCUGCUAUUGCUGAUCAACCUGAGAAGAAGCAAGCAAUCAUUGACAUGGGUUUCGGUGGUCUACUUGAGCUAGACAUGCCAAGGAAUGACCCCAUCUUCUGUGCUAGGCUCGUCAGCCGAUUUUGUGUGGGUAGUGGCUCCCUCUUGCUACGCCGAGGCAAGGACAUCGAUAUCAGGGAAAUCGAUGUCCACUUGGUGUAUGGGAUUCCACUAGGAGGCUUGGUCGUUGAUGAGACCAAGGAAUUGCAGGAGAAUGAUGCUGACUUCAGGAGUAUGAUCGAGGACUAG